UACCUUAAUAAGGUAAUUAUUACAAGCAGCUUGAAACUAAAAGAUAGCACAUUCUAUGCACGAAUUCUUAUACUUGAUAUCGUCAGACUUCUCAGAAACAUGUGGUAUUAUAUCAUACCACAGUCAUAUGUUCAUUACUUACUACUUCCAAUAACCGUAACUCAUUACGAAAAUAUAGUAAUUUCUAGGUUUGUUUUCUUGAGUGAAGUUAACAUUAUAUACGACAGAGAAGUAGAUUCCAUUAUAAAAGAAAGAAAAGCAACAUGUUCCGUAGCACGUAGUGUGAUACAAGAAAUAUUUAGUGAUUGGUUAGUUCCGUUUAGACAGUCUGAUCUUUGGUUUAUUGAAGGAUUUUCAACAGUAUACGGAGUUUAUAUUCGCGAUCAGUAUUACAAUACAUCUUUACUAAAGUCGAUUGUGGUCCAAACACGACGGAUAUUUUUCGAUUAUGUAGAAGCAAUUACAGAGGAAUCUCCAUUUCGAGAAAAUUCACUCAUAUCACGCAAUUCAACUCUUACUAAACUGUGGCGAGAAAAAGCAUUUAGUACUUUCUAUAUGCUGAAUACCGUUUUUGAACAAGAUGUCCUAUAUACUUCUCUAUUUCAAGAAGCCGUACACUUAUAUUAUUACAAGAAUAAUACAUCAAAUAACACGUACACCAAAUUGUCACUUCUUGAUAAGUUAUGGAAUAGAUAUGUUGAGACGUAUUCUUUAUAUAAGAAUGUUUCAUACAUAAAAUCGUCAGAUAUCAAAAAUAUGAUAACUUCAUGGACAGCACAAAGUGGUUAUCCUGUGGUACAAGUAGACCGACACAAUGAUACACAGUCUGUAUCUGCAAUGAUUAGAGAUUGUUUUGACGUUAAUUCCACUGUCAAAAUGCUGUGCAAACAAAAAUGGUGGAUACCUAUGACUUUUAAAAAAUUAUUAAACACACAAGUUCUUGCUACUCAUUAUCAUAUCCUAAAACCAGACAGUAAAAUGUUUUUAUCGCUACUUUAUGAAAAUCAGAUUAACAUUGUCGUGGACCACUUAGGAUAUCGCGUAAACUAUGAUCGUGAUUCUUGGAAGAACAUUGCUCUUUUUCUUAAAACUGGAGGGUCUAAGAUCGCAGAAUUGUCUGACGUCACUUUAGCACAACUUCUCGACGAUGCUUUUUAUUUUUUGGUGCAAAAUACAAAGUAUAACCAAAAAUAUGUUCCACAUGAUAAAAUUGAUCUGGACAUAUAUUUUGAACUUGUUUUGCUGCCUGACGCGAUCAGCUAA